AUGGCCGCUCGUCAUUCGCGCAAGCUUCUGCGACCUCUUCUUUACACUUCGGCGGCCGCGGCCGCCGGUGCAGGAGUUCUCUACAUUUCCUAUCGUCCUCGCAAUAUUCCGGGAUUGGAAGCCCCCGCGGUCCCUCCUCCCGGUUACCAUGAGGGUAAGCUGGUUCCCCCCAGCUUCCCGGCCAUCAAGGGUCGCAUUGAUCAGAUCAAGGACCUGAAGCGCAGCCAGACUGAAGAGCCUUACGACCUGCUGGUCAUUGGUGGCGGCGCGACGGGAUCCGGUAUUGCAUUGGAUGCGGCGACCCGAGGCUUGCGGGUGGCGGUAGUCGAGCGCGAUGAUUUCAGUGCUGGCACCAGCAGUAAGAGUACCAAGUUGGUACACGGUGGUGUGCGCUAUUUGGAAAAGGCCUUCUGGGAAUUGGAUUACAACCAGUAUGCGCUGGUCAAGGAAGCUCUUCGCGAGCGCAAGUACUUUUUAAAUACCGCCCCCCAUUUGUCCCAAUGGCUUCCCAUUAUGGUGCCCGUUCAGAAAUUGUGGCAGGCUCCCUAUUUCUGGGCGGGUUGCAAGGCUUAUGACCUUCUGGCUGGUUCCGAGGGCAUUGAGAGCUCCUACUUCCUGACCAAGAGCAAGGCCAUUGAUGCGUUCCCUAUGUUGAAGCGCGACAACGUUAUCGGUGCCAUGGUUUACUAUGAUGGCGCCCACAACGACUCCCGUAUGAACGUUUCUCUCGCCAUGACCGCUGCCCUCUACGGCAGUACCGUGGUCAACCAUAUGGAGGUGACCGGUCUCACUAAGGAUGCGAACGGUAAGCUGAACGGUGCGCGCCUGAAGGAUGUCAUCCCCGGCAAGGACGGCGAGCAGACCGAGGAGUUCACAAUCCGCGCCAAGGGUAUCAUCAACGCUACCGGUCCCUUCACCGACUCCAUUCGCAAGAUGGACGAGCCCAGCACCCAGGAGAUUGUCGCUCCUAGCUCCGGAGUCCACGUUAUCCUCCCCGGUUACUACAGCCCUUCCAACAUGGGUCUGAUUGACCCCUCGACUUCCGACGGCCGUGUCAUCUUCUUCCUGCCCUGGCAGGGCAACACCAUCGCCGGUACCACCGAUGCCCCUACUGAGAUCACCACCCAGCCCGAGCCCUCCGAAGCCGAUAUCAACUGGAUCCUCAAGGAGAUCCGUGGCUACUUGGCCCCCGACAUUACGGUCGACCGCAAGGACGUUCUGGCCGCCUGGUCCGGUAUUCGCCCCUUGGUUCGCGACCCCAACAAGACCAGCUCCCAGGCUCUCGUCCGCAACCAUUUGAUCACCGUGUCCCCAUCGGGUCUGUUGACCUGUGCUGGUGGCAAGUGGACCACCUACCGCCAGAUGGCCGAGGAGGCGGUCGACGAGGCGAUCGAUUCUUUCAAGUUGAAGACUCGCGAGCUGAACGAUAUGCCGGAUAUCAGUGGUGCCGGCGGCAGUGGCUUGGUGGCUGACGGCGCCGUUCUCGACGGUUCCUGCCAGACCCACCAGGUGCGCCUGAUCGGUGCCCACGGCUACUCCAAGACCCUCUUCAUCAACCUGAUCCAGCACUUUGGUCUCGAGACCGACGUGGCCCAGCACCUGACCCAGUCCUACGGUGACCGUGCCUGGCAGGUCGCCGCUCUCUCAUCCCCGACCAAUGCUCGUUACCCCGUGCGCGGCUGCCGUAUCUCCGCUCUGUACCCCUUCAUCGAUGGUGAGGUUCGGUAUGCGGUCCGUCACGAGUAUGCUCAGACCGCGGUUGAUGUUAUCGCCCGCCGUACUCGUCUGGCCUUCCUCAACGCCGAGGCCGCUCUGGAGGCCCUCCCCGGUGUGAUUGAUCUCAUGGGCGAGGAGUUGAAGUGGUCCAACAAGCGCAAGGAUCUCGAGUGGAAGGAUUCGGUCUCAUACCUGUCCUCCAUGGGUCUUCCCAAGAGCCUCUUGGGCCUGUCUCGCCAGGAGGUCUCAAACGGCCGGGUCAAGGAGCUCGAUAACGAAGAGCGCAAGCACUUCUCUCGAACUGACCCCCCGGCGGACAUUCUCAAGGGAGAUGCCAACCCCAAUGCUGAUCCCGUGAUUUCCGCGGAUUCUCCGGCCAACAAAUAG